UUCUUGCAACUGAAAACCCUGGACUGUUUUAACUUCUUUUAAUGGCAAAAGACCCUCCAUUGCCCAAAAGCUAACAGAUUUGCGUGUGUCUCUCGGCAUAAAACUGUAGAAGGCGCACUGGUCAAAAGGGUCACCUUUUCUUAGCCCUUUUUUGUGGGUUUAUUGUAGCUUUGUUAUUCUUAUUAUUAUUAGUUUUUGCUUAAAUACAUGAGCUCUGUUAAUAGCAGACUCUGUUUCACAGCUAGCCAUCAAUUGAUCACUAGUACCAGUACUGGGUAUUGUAAUGCAAGAAGACAGGUGUGGAUUUUGACUCGUAUUAGAAGUUUUUGAGGACCUAUUUGGUCAUUUGGACUUGUGGGUCUGGUUCAUCUUCGGAACAACGCAUUUGGGUACUCGCUGGUUUCGUCAAAAUAGAGUGUGAUGAGAUGGGUUUUGAAGGGUAUGGCGUUAGUAAAAUGCUUGGACUGGGAGGAACAGCUAGGCACAAGCGUUCUAAGAGCUUUCCUGAUAAGAAAGGAGUCGAGGAAGAUCACUCAGGUCAUUCACAUGAAGCUUCUCACCAUUUAAAGUUGGAUGUGGGGAACGUGAAGGACUGUGUUAAGACCAAGAAGAAACAAUCACCAAAUGCAGAGCAAAAUUCUUUGAGAGAAGAGAUACUGCAGCUUGAGGGAAGAUUACAGGACCAAGUUAUGUUACACUGUUCUUUAGAAAAAGCAUUGGGUUAUAGGCCUUCCUCCCAUGAUUUCACAACUGAAAUCUCAAUGCCUAAGCCGGCCACAGAACUGAUAAAAGAAAUCGCAGUGCUAGAGUUGGAAGUUGUGCAUUUGGAACAACAUCUUCUCUCAUUGUACCGGAAAGCAUUUGAUGAUCAAAUUCCCUCCUUAUCUCCAUCUACAAAGCAUGAAAAAUCAAGGUCACCUGUGACUACCCCAAGAGGGAGAUAUCUAGAAGUCUGCAGACCUGAUAUGACUUUGGAAAGGGGAAAUGCAGCAGUUCAAGCUGAUUGUCGGUCCCUUCCUAAUUCAUUGAAGGAGUCCAAUGGUCUAGGUGGAGAAGAGAAGCUAUUAGAUUCUGGCGUUUAUCGAUGUCACUCGGCACUAUCUCAACGUUCUGCUCUUUCAUCCAGAACUUCUCCUCCGGCAGAGUCUCUGGAUAAAGCUCUACGUGCCUGUCAUUCCCAACCUUUGUCCAUGAUAGAGUUUGCACAGAAUGCUUCUUCAAACGUAAUCAGUUUGGCUGAGCAUCUUGGUACCCGUAUUUCUGAUCAUGUUCCAGAUACACCAAAUAAGCUUUCUGAGGAAAUGAUCAAGUGUAUGUCAGUGAUAUAUUGCAAGCUUGCUGACCCCCGUCUUACGAAUCAUGGCCUGUCAUCUCCCAGUUCAUCUUUGUCUUCAAUGGCUGCAUUUUCUCCAAAAGAUCAGUAUGACAUGUGGAGUCCAGGGUUUAAGAAAGAUUCAUCCUUUGAUGUGCGGUUAGAUAACCCUUUCCAUGUUGAAGGUCUGAUGGAGUUCAGUGGACCAUACAGCACAAUGGUUGAAGUCCAUUGUCUUCAUAGAGAUAGUCAGAAAUUGGGUGAUAUUGAACACAUGUUACAAAAUUUCAGGUUGCUUAUUUCUCGAUUAGAAGAAAUAGAUCCCAGGAUACUGAAACAUGAGGAAAAGCUGGCGUUCUGGAUCAACGUACACAAUGCCUUGGUGAUGCAUGCAUAUUUGGCAUAUGGAAUACCUCAAAACAAUGUAAAGAGAGUAUUUCUACUUUUAAAGGCUGCCUACAAUAUUGGAGGUCACGUUGUAAGUGGUGAUGUAAUACAGAGCUCUAUUCUGGGAUGUCGAAUGUCUCGUCCUGGACAGGUAGAUGGUACGCCGUAUUUUUUGGAAUGUCUAUGUUAAGAGUCAUUUGAUACAGACUUUGAGAAUCCUUAUAAGCAGUUAUCCUCAAAGUUACAUGAUUUGCGUGUAUGGUUGAGUCCCACGAUGUGAUACUGGGCCAAAACCCUAUAAGCAGUCACGAAAACCUUUUAUGGUCAAUUUUUUCUCUUCAUUUCCUUUUCCAGAAUAGAGUCUAAACUUAUCCCUGCUGCUGCCUCCAUUCCCCACCUCCCUGCCGGGUGCUUCUGGCCCCUAGCCAAGCAUUGUCAAAAUAAGUUUGAAGUAAAUUUAGAGACAAACCCGAGUAGAGGUUUUUUCCCCCUAUUUGCUUCGGUAAAUUUAAAUUGACUUUCAUAUUUUUGGUGAUGCGCAUGAUGUUUGCUUUUGUUUGUAGUGGCUACGUGUGUUGCUUUCUUCCAGAAUGAAAUUUAGAGCAGGAGAUGCAAGGCAAGCAUACACAAUUAAUCAUCCAGAACCUCUUCUGCACUUUGCACUCUGUUCAGGAAGCCAUUCUGAUCCUGCGGUGCGUGUUUACACACCCAAGAAAGUAUUUCAAGAGCUGGAAGCUGCAAAAGAUGAGUACAUUCGGGCUACAUUUGGUGUACGGAAGGACCAGAAGAUCUUAUUGCCAAAGAUCGUCGAGUCCUUCGCCAAAGAUUCGCGUUUGUGUCCAGCUGGUGUGAUGGAGAUGCUCCAACAAUCUUUACCUGAAUCUCUGAGGAAGAGUAUAAAGAAAUGUCAGCAGGCGAAAUCCCGAAAGAGCAUUGAAUGGCUUCCUCAUAAUUUUACUUUCAGGUAUCUCAUAUCAAAGGAGCUGGUUAAGUGAUUGCUUGCAGGGGGUUAUUUCCCCAGCACAUGAGGUGAUUUGCAUUGUCCCCUUCAAUCUUCUUUACUUUUCGUAGAGCUUUUUUUUUCCUCUUUUGUACAAAAUGAAAUAGAUUAUGGAUCCAAAUAUGAAGGGUGGUUUGGCAUGGCCUAUAUUUAGUAAUUUUUUGUAUAAUAUAAUCUCCAUUUUGCUCUGUCCUGUAAUGGGAAGUGUCUUUGAUGUUGUAAGGCUUGCUGUGAAGAGUUUUACUGUGCAACUGACCUUUGUAUAUCAAAU